UUUCCUAAAGCAAUCCCCAUAGAUUGUGGUGUUUUUUCUUUCGUUUGAUAAAUAGCAAGGAUGAGUUCGAAUGACGGAGGCGGGGAGCAACCUCUGAACAAAUCUCCCGGAAAGGGCGGGAAGAGCCUGCAACUCAUGCAACAGCGCUUGUUGGCCCAGCAACAGCAACAACCGGCACAAAGCCAACCUACCGCCGCUUCGUCACCACCGUCAGAAAUUCCGGCAUCUGCUAAUUCACUGGAAACUCCGGCAGAUCCACCGUUGCAAGCCGGCCCCCCGGGAGGACGUCCGAAAGGAAAAGAUUUCGCGGCAAUGAGUGCCCGAGCUCCGAAGCCACCCGUUCUCGCUUCGGCACCAACGCCCGUCGCGCCCGCGGCUCAUGCGUCGUCCCAUGCUGCCGUCGUUUCCAACAAGCCCAAAGGCAAGGACUUUACUUCCAUGGCGUCGCGUAUGGGAGCUCCGCAGUCUGCGCCUGUGGCUGCGGUGCCGGCACCAUCCCAGUCGUCGGCGAUUGCGCAGUUGCAAGCCGCGCAGGCGGCACGGGCGGCGCAGAUGCAAGCUGCGGCCCGUGCCGCUGCCGGACUCCCGCCUCUGAAGACCCCCACGGCUACCACCGUGACUACUACGCCACCCCAUAUUCCGCCUCCCAAAAUAUCGGCAACGCAACGGACUUCCAGUACCGGAGCCACUUCCGUACCGUACGGAUCGGCCACGAAUGUCGGUAGCGGCGGCGCUUCUGGGACCGCCCAAUACCAGCCGCCCCCCACAUCAUGGAAUGCGGCGCAUGCCAAUUCUCAACCACCACAGCAACAACAACAGAGCAUGCGUCCCUCACAGCAACCCUUGGCGCAAGUAAAACACCGUAGCGCUCCGCUGACCGCCCGCCGCGGCUCGUCCGGACUUUCACAGCCUCCGCCGAAAGUCAGCAAAGCUCGCGACCCCAAGCCGUCACCAGUACCGACAGCAUCCGAAGCUCGGGUUUCGUUGCAGGGUCCACAUCACGCGGCGGCCGCUUAUAUGGCACCGUUAGUGGGGACACGGAUCCAAUCCCUGCUGCAGUCUUUGGAUCCGCUCUACGUCAUGGACCCCGCCGCCGAGGAACAAGUCCUCCAACUCGCGGACGACUUUUUGGACAAGGUUGUGAAACAAAGUUUGCGGAUUGCCGCACACCGGGGGAGCAAAACGUUGGACGUCCAGGAUAUUCAACUGGUGCUGGGAAAACAGUGGAAUAUUGUCAUUCCGGGGUUGGGGCCACCCAUGCCCAAGAAGCCCAAAACUAGUACCACCACGAGACCGAGUAGCACCGUGGCCGGCACCAAACGGAAAAGUAGCGGUACAGGAGCGGGCAACGUGACGAAAUUGUCCAAGUCCAGCAGUAGCGCAAUCGCUACGACCGCACGUAGUGCUUCUUGAACUAAUGUAUUUUCUACUACU